UUUGAGUCGCUCGUUUUUAACAAUUUGACAGUAAACGGAUUUGGCAUUCAAUAGUAAAACGUUGUUUAAUAUAGUUGUCAUUCUCUUGAGAUACGAAUAAACAAAAGAAAUUUGGAAUCCUAAUACUAAUUAAGUCCAAUAUGUCAGAAGAAGAAUAUGAUUACAUGUCUGAUAAUAUAUUAACCCAAUGUGUCGAAGAUGUUAAACCAGGUCUUAUACAAAGUAGAGCUAAACAGAGACUCAUUGAAAUCACAAGAAAACAAGCCGAAGAAAAACUAAAAAAUAAACCUUUAAAAGUCGUUGAAGCAGAACGCAGAAAUGAGGGCCUCAACAAUGCUCUGGAUUCCGCUAACAAAGGCUUCUCUUUGUUACAAAAGAUGGGUUACAAGCCGGGUCAAGGAAUUGGCAAAGAUAAAACAGGACAAGUAGAACCUGUUGAAAUUAAUUUAAAAUCUAAUAGAGAAGGAUUGGGGCGUAAAAGUUAUAAUAGACCUCUAAAGAGUUCAUCAGAAGUUACUAAAUUGUCUCAAGAAUCUGUUUUGGAUUAUCGGCGACAGAAAUCUAAAAAUGCUGAGAAUAAACGAGAUUUGAUAGAUUUAUUGAGAUGCCAGAAAGCUUGUCAUAGCUUAGAUAGCUCAAAAGAUAUAGAAAUGCCAAAGGAAAAGUGGUAUUGGCCACGGGUUGAAAUCAAAAGGCUUGAACUGCCUAAGGAAGAAUCAGAUGAUGAAACAUCAGGAAGUGACUCUGAAGAAGAACAAGAAAAAUUAGAAGCAGAGGCAUCAUUGCGUUUAGAAGAGCUGACCAAAUACUUGCGAAAUACUCAUAACUACUGUCAUUGGUGUGGAACUAGUUUUGAUGAUGAGAAAGAUUUAAAAGAGUCUUGUCCUGGAGCAACACGUGAUGAUCAUUAAAUUUUGAACUAAUUUUGGAUUGAUUAGUUGUCCACUGAUUGCCA